AUGAGUGAAAUCAAUGAAUCCCUAAUUGAAGCACCUUUAAAGGCUUUGCUUGAAGAUGUAACAAAAUCUCUUUUCAUUAAAGGUAUUAUUCUGUUUGGAAGGCUAUUUGGAAGGUUAAAAUGAUUUAAAGAUGAUUGAAAAUUAAUUAAAAGACUAUGACACAUUGGCUGGAUUAGUUAAAAUAAUUGGCAAUGUUUUUAAGACUCUAAUGAAGAAGAUUGAUAAAAAGAUUACUUAACUCAAACUAAAUCUAAAUGAUAAUAGUUCUUAGAGAAGUUAUCAACCAGAAGAAGAAUAUGACAAAUUAGAGUAAAUUAUCUAAAAACAUGAAGCUGAAAUCAGAGGACAUAUCAGUGUAAAAGUCUCCUUUCUUAUCUAAGAUUGAAUAACAACUCAAAUUGUAUAAUGAAAGUUUACAAUAAAAAAUUGAGGAUAUGGAAAAAUAACAUAAAGAAACCAUAGAAUAAAUGCAUAAAUAAAUGAAUCUAUUGAAGAAAGAUUUAGGCAAAUCUAAUUAGACUUAUCGAUAACUUAUAAAAGAAAAUGAACAAUUAAGAGAAUCAGUAGAACAUCCCCCUAAUCCUAAAGCUAUCAUACAUACUGAAGGAGAAGUCAAUGGAAGAAUCAAAGAUAAAAAGUAAAUUGUUAUAAAUUUAUUAGUUUUGUCAUUCAGAUCACAGAUUAAAGAAGGUAGAUUAUAGUAGUGAAUAUCCUACAUCUAGUGUCAAUUUAUAAUCUUAAAAUUCAAUGAGACACUCCACUCCCUUGAAAUCUCAAUCUUAACAUCAUAAGUCUGGAAAACUAAAUUAUCAAAUUUAACAUCGAAACUCUUAAGAAUAAGAUUUAUUUACUAAAUAUAAUCAACUAUUAAAAUAACAUGCUUAAUCAAUCACCUAAAGAUCUCAAAUUAUCUAAGCAAGUUAAUACUUACUUAAAGGUGGCUUUGGUAAUGCAAAGAAUUAAAGAAGCACUCUUAAUGUUAUCUCUGAUAUUUGUAAUGCUUAAUUAUUAAAAUCUUCAAUAAGAAAUAAAAGUUAAGGAAAUAGUGCAAAAGCAGGAAAUACUAAUUCUCAAAACAGUAUCAAUGCUAGCAACAAAAAUAAUACCUAAAAAAUUAUAUCAGAAACAUCUAAAACUAAUGAAGCUAUUCAGAGACUACUCAAACUUAAAUGA